AUGUUGACCCAACGCAACCCCGACGACAUCCCACCUCCCUACACUCCAGGCCGCGCACCUCCAUCAUACCCAAACCCCGAGGAUGCUGCCCAGGAAAGCCUCGAUGCCACGCAUGCCGUGCAGGCUCUCGCAGUCCCAACACCAGCAGCUCUGGACAUCACUAACCGCGUGCCAUACACCGCACUCCCCGUCCUCUCAUCGUAUACGACAUACGACAGCUCUCGUCUGCCAUUCAAGUUAACCACUAGGCCAAGCCCCGCAUAUAUCCCCAGCGCAACUAGCCACAUGUACGUCGCCAUGCCCGAGCCUGAUCUCACUACGGAGCGAGUGGUUAGUUCAAGUGCGGACAUUGCUACCACGCCGUCAAGGACGGUUGUGAAGAGGAGGAGACCGACUGGUUGCGGUGGGUGUAUUUGCUCUUUCGUAUUCAUCGUGCUGUUGAUCACUGCAGUGGCGCUGUUGGACAAGAAGGCACAUGACAGUGCUGCGAAGCAUCCGAAGAAGUAUGCCGAUGCGCCGAAAAUAAAUCAUGCUGAGCCAUCUUGUUCUUUUCUCAUCUUCUGCUAG